AUGAACACGUAUUUACAACACGCAGAAGGCUGGAAAGCAGUAAGUGGAGCUCAACUUGGCUUAUUUGUACUUGCAAUUGCCGCUUUUAUUACCAUCACAUUUAUCCAAAUCAGAAAAGGUUUUAAAAUCAAAACAAUUUUGCCAUUCUUCAUUCUCAUGAUAAUUUUCAAUGGUGUCAAAAUUGCUGGUGGGAUAGUCGGUUUAGUCUUUCUUGAAAAUAAAAAGUUCAACAAUAGUUUGUUCAUUGCUACGUAUAUUUGUGACUCAAUCAGUUUGGGAUUCGUCUCCAGAGCUAUCAGUUCAUUGGUUCAAGGUAUUAUAGAAACCAAAAUGGAGAACCCACAAGAACGCAACGACAACAAUGAUACAGAUAGUGGAAGCAAUGACUCUGCUAGACAUUUUACAAAAGGUCCAGAAGACGAGGAGUCAGCUACUUACUUUAAAUCCAACGACGCCUCAACCAACCCCCGAAGCAUUCUCUUGAGCAAAGGGAGAGAUUUGAAAAAGGCACCUUUUAGAAUCGUUACUUUGAUUUUACUUGCUGCAGUUAUUACCAAUAUUAUUGGAACAAGCAAUUUAGAUAAUGGAGACCUGUCUUCGGAUUCUACAGUUGAGUCUUUGAUCAAAGCUUCCGCAGUGCUUUUCAUCGUUGGUGUGGUGUGCCUCAUUGUUGUGUUGGCUUACAUCUCAGUGAAGGCAUCCCAUUGUGCCCUCAUUUCACAGUUGUUGAUAGCUGCAUUGGUAGUGUUGAUUGUGCGUUGUGUUUACUCAUUAAUAAGUGCUUUCCACGGUAUUAACUUUGCUUCGCCCAGCAAGUACAUUUUAAUGUUUGGUAUGCCAAAGUAUUACGGUUGUUUGGCAUUGCUUCCAGAAAUUGUUUCAAACAUCAUUUUAUUGGUUGCUUAUUAUAAAUGGUGA